CUACUACCGCUCGUCACCCUCUCUCUUAUAGCAUAGUGCAAAAUCAGAUGAAUAUGCGAUAUUCCCUGUCGAGCACGAGCGCUUUGUUGGCAGCCGUUUCUUGGACGUGCUUUUCGGCGUCGUUUGCGUUUGUUCCUUCUACCGUCGCUAGCACUGUUACCACGUCUUUUAUAUCCGUACGGCCAUGUACACCACACACGGUAUCUUCUUCCACCUCGCUCUGUGCCGUUGGUGCGCUCGUAAAGAAAGCCAAAGAACAAGAACUCCGGAAAUACAUUGAAAGUGGCGUUGAAGAGCACGUUAUGGAAAAGUACAAUCUACUCAAGGAAAACCUGGCAACGAUCAACGAUGAAACGUUGGCCGAUCAAGUUGUGGGUCCCUUGCAAGAAUCGUUGACUCGUCGCAAGGGAACCAUUACGGUGAUUGCCGAAUACAAGCGCAAGUGCGGAUUCAAUCCAACCGGACUUAUUCACGAAAUGCAUGUACCGGAAUUGCUCUCCCCCUCCUUUCGCGAGUACGGUGCGUCGGCCAUUGCCGUCAUGGCCGAUCCACGCAUGGGGGGUUGCGACUACGAUGACAUCCGACACUUUGUGGAAGAACAGCGACGAGCCAAAAUGGAAGUCCCGGGACCUUUGCCGGUCAUUAACAACGACCUGAUUGUGGACGAACUGCAGGUGGCGCGCUCCGCCGCCUACGGAUGUGCCGCACUCGUUCUCAAUUUACCUACCCUCGGUGUUGAACAAACCAAAGUCCUUCUCAAAGCAACCAAGGCUGUGGACCUGGAAGCUAUUGUGGCCGUGUCUUCCAAGGAAGAAGCGCAAACCGCAAUCGAUAGCGGGGCUCGAAUGCUCAGUAUCUUGCAUCUGGGAACGGUAGAGGAUAUGGUGGCCGCCGUCGAUGGACUCGUCAUUCCGGAAGGACAGCAAGUUUGCAAAAUUGCCAACAUCCUUGCCAAUAAUGACCAGCAACUGCAAGAGAUUGAGGAUGCUUGGUCGGUUCGGGAUCAAGGCUUCAACUCGGUAUGGGUUGGGGAAGCCCUGUACAAGGGUGGGGCCGAUCCCAACGAACAACCCGGCGGUAUCAUCAAAUCCAUGAAGAGCAAAUCGUCUCUCAAAUUUGCUUCCCCAAAGGCAGCGCGUGGACGAGGGGAAGGCGCACGAGAAUAUCUCGGAGACAUUCUCAUGUAA